GGAAGAAAGGGGGCGAAGAAGCUUCAGAGGCUUCAGUUCCUGUUUACAUUGGGCCAUUUGUGAAAUUAAAAUGAAGUGAGCGGAGGUGGAUCGUGUCACAGACACAGACUGAAGGACAGGAAUGUGAGCCCCUGCAGCAACAGUUCACACAGAGAUGGACGAGACCAGUCCUUUGUUGGACAGUCAACCUCAGGACAGUCCUGACCUGUUGUCGCCAAAUUUGAGACCGAGACACCAGGAACUGAUCCCAACACCAUGUGGACCGGUAAAGCCCUGGGUGGAGCUGUCUUUGCCGGUGAAGCUCUACUACAGCUUCACCAUCGUGUCUCUGCUUGCACUGCUCGGCCUUACUAUAACCAGCAUCUACAAACAGCACACAGAAACAGACGAGCCAGGAGAGGAUGACUUCACUGUGUCUCUCAUCCAGAUGGUGGGAAUAUUGUUCUGCAUCUACUACAUCAGCCGUGGUGUUCUGCAGGAGAACAGACAGGAGCUGGUGGUGUUUGUGCUGAGUGUAUUGGUCCUCAUGAUUAGAUCGGUGGUCAACUUCACUGUGCUGGGGGCAAAGAGCAAGCAGGAGUUGCUGGUUCGAUUUGUCUGCAUCAUGUGUCUGGGUGUGGUGCACGUCCUCUGCACCUCAGUGCUCAUCCAGAAGCCCAACAUGAUGGCCUUUCGUGUGGGCGGGGCCUUAGAGCGGCUUCAGGAGCAGUACUUCCUGCUCAACUUCUGUUUUUCCAUGGUGACCUUUGACCUGCAGGCUCAGUUGUGUCUGUGCAUCCUGAUCACCACCUCGGACCCAGCCAUGUCUGCUCGCAGUAGCAUUAUCCUGGCUGUAGGGGUUGUCUGGGCCUGUCUGACCGCUGCUGUAGGAGCUGUGGCUGUGUUAAAAGAAGCCAAGGCCCUGGUGUGGGUCUUCAUGGUCCAGAACCUCCCUCAAGUGGCCUUUUUUAUCUACCUGAUGUACACACUCUACGAGAAACACAUCACAGCUCACCAUCAGGUCAGACUCCACCUUGUCUGUGUAGAUUCUACUCUGUCCGGACCCUUCAGUCAGCCGUCAGUUGUCUGCGUGAUUUCAGGUGAUAAAGAAGUGGUACGAAGACAACAUCUUCACCCUGGAGGCAGCAGCUGUUACUGGAGCUCUGCUCUGUCUGCUCAUCAAAGUGGUUCUGUUCUGGGGCCUCAUUAGAUUGGUGCAGAGCUUCGGUCAAGGCCUGAGGGAGAGAAUGUUUGCAGCCACCAAGUGAUAAAACAGCUAAAGGUUUAGGAACAAGGCCACUUCAGCUGAGCAUGGAGGGUCAGACGUUGGGAAAUAUACAUUUUUACCCAUCAUUCACUCUCACUGAAAAUCUUUUUUCGAUAUGUUUUAAUUUUUUUAUAUGAUUUAAUGUUUAAACUUAAAUCAGCUCCAGGUUUAUUAUUUAGUAAUUAACUAACUGCCCUUCUUAUUUUGUGCCUGCUGUUUUUUUUAAAUAAAUGUACAUAAAGACCAUCUGUAUUGUACGUGUAGACUUAGGCCAAACUUCCUUUUUAAAAACGUAUUGAUUGUCCUGUACUGCAGUGUGGGGGUUUCUCCCCAAUGUUUUCUACAAUCUCUGAAAGUAACACUGGAAAAUUAUUUGAAUGAAUUUUGCUACUGAACAUCCUGCUGCACUUUAACAUUUUAUAGUAACUUUCUUAAUAAAAAAUGACAGAUUA